GGAAGGAUCACACAUUAAACGUUUGGGAUGUUAUUUUACAGAAUUUCUCACUUGGUGAAACAGGUUCUCUUCAGUUUUGUUUGAUUCUUGCAUAGUAUAUUCGUUUGUGGCCCGUUUUUAAAGUAAACUUGUUGGGAGUCCAGUUGUGAAAACACAGUAAAAGACAAGCUUUUGUGAAAGUAAAAGAAUUGAAGGGAAGAAAAAAAAAUUAUGAAUUCUGCCGCGGAAAUUAAGGAUCUGCCUCAGUAUUUUGAUUUUGAUGUCACCGCGAAUCUAGACAAGCCGAUAGAUCUACCUGUUACAGGCAGCUUGCCGGCGUGGGUUACGGGAUCUUUGUACCGAGUGGGCAACGGUGUGUACAAACUGGGCGACAGGGCGUGGUGCCACGUCUUUGAUGGGCUGGCGUUACUGCAUCGCUGGACCAUCCACGAGGGCAAGGUGACCUACCUGUCGACCAUUUUGGACUCCAACAACUACAAGAAGUGUGUCAAGUACCACAGGCUAGUCGGCGUCAACUUUGGAGCCAGUUUUCCCGAUCCUUGUCGGACUAUUUUUAACAGCCUGUUCAGCCACUUCCUGCCCCGUGCUAAGAGCGACAACACGGCCGUCCACUUUGUAGAGGGCGCGGACAAGCUUUUCGCCCUGACGGAGACAACUGUCAUCAAUGAAGUCAACCCUGCCACGCUGAAAAAAGUGGCCGAGGUGGAUAUGAAGGACUACUUGGCAGUACAUAUGGGAACUGCGCAUGCGCAUAUCGACACCGACGGAUCCUUGUAUUACUACGCCACCCAUUUUGGGUUAAGCAGUGGUUACGAUUUUGUUCGCAUCCCAAAAUCUGUCAGCGGGGAAGUUCAGUUCAAUAAGGCCGAAAUUCUCGGGCGGGUCAACAGCAGAUGGAGGAUGCACCUGAGCUACACGCACUCGUUCGGGAUGUCCGAGAACUACCUGGUGCACUUUGAGCAGCCACUGACCUAUAACCUGGCCAAGCUGACGAGCCUCGAGUUGAGGGGUAUCAGUGUCAUUGACGCUAUGGUGGAGUUCAAGGACGAGCCGAUCAACAUCAUAGUCGUCAGUAAAACUACGGGUCAGAAGGUACCCAUUACCUACAGGGCACCCCACGGGUUCGUCUUCCAUUUCAUCAACUGUUACGAAGAUGGCGGGUUUAUCGUGUGUGACGUCUGCCUGUACAAGAACGCCAGCGUCAUUAAGGAGCUGUACCUGGAGGCCUUGAGCGCCCAGCCCCACAACACCGUGUCGCUGCCUCACUUCGCGCGCUUUGUCUUACCUGUUGAUGUCGAAAAGGCCGCUUUGAACACGAACCUGGUGACCUUGACCUACACAACGGCCACGGCCAUAGUGAUGAAACACUCAAAGAACUCUGCACUUGUUGACCUCACCAGUGACCCUGUAUUUGAAGAGUCAUGCCUGAUUGAGCUGCCACGCAUGAACUACAGCUGGAAUGCCAGACGUUACAGGUAUUUUUAUGCCAGCACCGCCUUGGCCACACACACCAGGAAGAUCUAUAAAUGUGAUGUCCAAGAGAAGACAACUCGUGAGUACAUCUGUGACGAGCAUCACAUCCCUGGCGAGCCGGUAUUCGUGUCACGGCCAGAUGCUACUGAUGAGGACGACGGUGUGGUGUUGUGCCCUAUCCUGGCAGGAACAACUGACCACUCCUCUUAUCUGCUAGUGCUAGACGCCCAAUCAUUCGAGGAGCUAGCCCGGGCUACGGUGCCCCCACAGCUAAAGAUGAACUUUAGCUUCCAUGGACGUUUUGUCAACAAGGUCUUUUAAACAGCGUAGUUACACCUACACAGAUAAUUGACCAAUCAGAAUGUUUGAACUGACCACGUGUUCGGAUUUAUGGAAAAAGUGUACGACUGCUUUCAUGUCACGUGCACUUACUAUCUGACAAUUUGAAUGUAUCACUUUAGGAGUCAUCCUUAGACGCCAAACACUUUUAAGGCAAUUUUUAUCUCUAAAUUG